CACCUUGGCCAGGACUUCAUUUCAUUGACCAAAGGCCGUUGCCGCAGACCCCUUCUCUGUCACUCUCGAGUCGGAAUCAUAGCUUCCUCGCCCCAUUCCAUGUCCUUCAGCUUCAACUUCGCCUCUUCAGGCGACGACUUCGACAAUGACGUCCUCAUGGGCGGCGAUCCAUCUGCCUCGACCUCGUCAUCACAGAAUCCACCAUCAGCUCCGGAACUGCAGAUCUGCCCCGCCAAACCUGGUGGCAAUGACCUCCCAUCUUCCUCCUCGGUCCCAAGCAGACGUCUUGACCUGGACGAGAUGCUCGACUCAUUACCAGACCGGAUUUCCUACUCUUGGGUGCAAGUACCGCUUCCACCACUAGAAGGCGAAUCUGCACCUUCAUCCUCCUCCAGUAUCUACCUGCCUCGUCGAGACCUCUUUGACGCCCGCUUUCAGAUCCUCCACGAUGACGAUGAUCAAGAUUCAGAUCCUUCAGCGGGAGCAGCAAAGAGCCAAGAAGACGAUGCAGCGGAAUCAGCUGCGGUGGUGGGGACGGAAAGUGAUCUGAUACCGGGCUUGUAUGAGGGAGGCUUGAAGACGUGGGAGUCUUCGGUCGAUUUGGUUGGGGUGCUGCAUGGGAUGAGUCAAGGAGAGGCGGAGGGGAGAAGAUGGAGAGGGAGGAUCGUUGAGCUUGGAUGUGGUACCGCUCUACCUUCGAUGUAUAUCCUGCGGCACCUGAUACAGCAAGACGUUCCAGUCCAAGGCAGCGCGGCACCUUCUGCCACCUACCUUCAUCUCUGCGACUACAAUGCAAAGGUGCUUCAGCUCGUCACGCUCCCCAACCUCCUCCUCGCCUACCACUUUGCGCGACAUCAACACGACCAGGCAGUCCCACCACCGAACGGCGAGCUGGAUCUGGACCCUCAGCUCCUCUCACAAUUCCGUAACGACCUGACGAACAAAGGAGUGGAGAUCAGCUUCCAUGCUGGGCCGUGGGACGGGCUGAGACUCGACGACAGGUCAGGGCUUCAGGAGCAGCCAUACGCCAAUCUGGUCCUGACGAGCGAGACGACGUACCGCCAGGACGUAGUACGGUCACUCGUUGCCACCAUGCGCUCACUACUCGUUGGUGUCGGCGAAGGAGAGGCGGACGGUGUAGCUCUUGUUGCAACCAAGGACUACUAUUUUGGCCUCGGCGGAGGGGUCAUGGCGCUCAAGGAUGCCUUGAGUGAGGACGAUACUGCUCACGCUCAGAGUGGUCGUCUAGCACAAGUCGAGACAAGAAGUCAAAGUACGGCUGGCGUCAAGAGGAGCGUAUUGGCUGUUUCAUGGCCGAGAGUGCCGUGAGCCUCAUCUUCUGCUUUGAUGGACUUAAAUCAUCGUCAAUUGCAAUUGUACAAAGAAACAUCAUGGCUUGAUGAC